AUGCUCGAACGAGCUGCCGGCUGCUUCGAGACCGCGGGCCGGCGUCUUCUUCGAGAUUCACCUGGCACAAUUCAAAGCCGAAGGUCAUUGUCUCGUCAUUUUUGGAGGCACAAUACUGCCGAAGGAGAUGUCGCCCGUUGGUUUCUCGCCCUAGCACAACCUACCACAUCACCCCCAUUUACUGUACUCCAUCCUGCCCAUGGCAAGAAUAGCGCCAUCCAGGUCAACCAGCCAUUCCUGGACUUCUUGUAUCCACAAAAUUAUCGGGAUUGGUUCUUGUCGAAGGAUACUCGCCAUUUGAGGAGGCCGGGGUCGCGUCGAAGGAAGAAGGGACCGGUUGGUUUCCGCAGGACGUUCACCUCCGUGGUCACGUCCGUGGAUCAAUCUUGCCCCAAGGCGUCAUCUGGAAAAGAGCCAUUGUUGAAUGGUGCUAACCCCAUCAUAUCUACCCAAGACGGCGUUGCCCAGUUAAGGGGGCUUCUCACGUCGGACGCAGACUGGGAUUAUGACAGAGCUUGGGUUUCAUAUAUUUCCCUUGGUCGGCCACCAGACAUCCGCUCUGAGCUUUGCGCCUACCUCAGUCAAUCCGCAAAGCCGGCCGAUCAAGAACGCGCUUGGGAGCUCUUCGAAGAAAUACCGCUAGAGAGUCGAUCUCCAGCUGACUUUCACCACAUCUGCAAGUCCCAGACUUAUUACGCAGACCCGCCUCAUUUGACUACGAUCCUGCAGCAGGCUCUCUCAACAGGUGUGGCUGUAGACUUCUGCUUCGAAGCAUCUUUUACACAUUACUUGAAGCGCCAUGACUGGACCAGGAUGCAGGAAGUUUGGGCCAUGCGUUUUGAGGCUUCGGAACUUCCUGUUAAAGGCAUUUUGCCUCAGCUUUCUUAUCCUGAACUUCCACUUGAUGUCUAUGCCUUCGCAAAGUUUGUCCGGGGUUCAGCAACAGAACAGCGUUCACACCUGCAAGGCAUCUCUUCCUUCCUUCUCGCUCGCAUAACCACCACCGCCUCUCUGCUGGAAUCAGCCCACUUGGACAUACUUCUUGACACCUUCUCGUUGUUUCAGGAAGUAGGCGUUGCUCGAGAGACCCAUUUCUCUCAAGCCAUUAAAUGUCUCCAACAGUCGACUUCAAGACUCAAAUUUGCUCGCUCCAUUGCAUUUUAUCGUCAAAUGCGCUCGCUCCAGCCGGCUGCAAAGCUUCCAAAACGACUGAUGAACGCUCAAAUCCUAUGCCUGGAGAAAUUCGAUAUGACAGGCAACAUCCCACUUUUCCUGGACGAGUUCGCUCUCUUCUUUGGGAAGCCAUCGAACGAAGCUUAUAAAACUGCCAUGAAGGCGUUUGCUCGUACUGGACAUGUGGACGAAGUCAAUCGCCUCUUCGAAAGGUUCGUAGCGGACCACGGUAAGCCCAAGAGCCGCAAAUUCGUGACAUCUCUUCUCCUUGUGCAUGCUUGCAAUGGCGACGUCAGAGAGACAUGGCACCAAUUUGAAAGGGUGAAAGCUGAAUUUGGCCUGGAGCCCAACGUAGCUUGCUGGAACUUGGUACUCACAGCAUAUGCAAAGACGAGAGAUGUAAUUGGUGCCUUCUCCGCAUUUGCACGCAUGAGCGAGACCCGCGUGCAGCCAGAUUCGGGUACGUACAAUAUUUUGAUGGGAUUGCUUGCGAUUCGUGGCGAUAUCGAUGGUGUUCGGAAACUCCUCAUGUUGGCACAAGAGCAACACGUCCAAAUCACCAUGCCGAUGCUGGGUCAAAUUAUCUCAGCAUAUCUGAAAAAUGGUCGGUUGGAUCUAGCUGAACGUCUUGCACUGGUGUGCUUGGAUUUGAAAGUACCAGGGUCUGCUACUCGUAUUUUCAAUGCCCUUUUGAUGCAGUACGUUUUCCGCAUCGACCACGAAGGCUAUCGUCGCGUGCUUGCUAUCAUGGACAAGGCAGGAGUUCCUUCAGAUGCUCGCACACACACCGCUGGCCUUCUUCGCUUAACUUUGGCGAGGAAGCCACAAAAAGCCCACCUCUUGCUCAGGAAGCUCCAUAAAACGGGUGAACUACAUGCCACGGAAGUUCACUAUGUGAUCGUCAUGCUGGGGUAUAUCAGAAAUCGCGAGUAUGAGCAGGCGCGCGUAAUCAUUCGUGAAAUUAUGGGAAGAUUCCCAGAUUCAGCCCUGCAAACUAGCCUGGAAAAUGUCCUUGAAGUGAUCCCAAACAAGCUCGAGCGUGUCGAGGAGAGAAGUCAUCCCAGCAAUUCGCUGAAAAUUUCGUCAUCAAGUCGUUCGUCAGAAAAGAUCUCACGUCUUUUUACAGCAAAUUAG